CGGCAGCGGCAGCGGCAGUGGCGGCCUUUGUGAUGCUGCUGUUGAUCAUUGCAGUGACGACUACUGCGGUGGCUACCAUGGUGGUGAUCGCAGUGGCCGACACGCAACACCGCGACGACGUUGUUCGUUGUCGCCCUACACCCCAACGUCCUCUCUGUCCCGCCACGCAUCACCAGCACAAUACAGCACGACAUCACCUCGUACAGUCACCCACCACACUUUUGCCACACCCGCAACCACAGCCACCUCUCCAACGACAACCACAGCACCGUGGGCAGCACGGUCGACAGCAGCGGUGGGUGCUGGUGUCGACGAUAGCAACAGCGCUCACAGCACUGACAAGGAGCGAACGGUGCACGGCAGUGAUAGUGGUGGUGGCGGUGGUGGUCGCUGUACUGUGAGCGCCAGUCUGGGCGCAACUGUUGGGCGAGGAGUGAAGAAGCACAGGUCACUGGAUGACCGCUUGUAUGAGCGCAGAUACCAGCAUACCUACAUGCCAUCAGCAACGGCGACAACAGUAAUGCACGGAGAGCAAGCAAGCUCUGCUGACAGGAGCGCGGUGCAGGUGGUGGAGGCGGUUGCACAGGAUGGACAGACAACGGCUGCACUGGGUACAGCAGCACGUGUGCGGGUGGAGGUGCCUGCUGUGCAACACACGCGUCGCCCCAAGACGGCCUUGGCAACCACACGCAGGCAAGCGCCAGCACGGUUGCUUGCAAGCACUAGCGUGGGUAUGGAAAGGGACGAGGCUGAUUGUCCUCGUGCUGCUGAGACAAGCCCAGUUGGUGUUGAGCACGCAGCGUUACACUCGGCUGUGCGCGCUUUGAGCAUCAAUGACGAUGAUGCUGAUGAUGACGAUGCUUUUGACAGUGGCGACGGAUAUGCCAGUGUACAUGACAGAAGCAGUGAGCAGAGCCGCCAUUCGCUGACUGCUGCUGACGUGGCGUUGACCAGAAGGCCGAGGAACGUGCGCAGCGAACAUGUGUCACCGAAGCACAGCCAGCAAACACGACAACGCAACCGCAGGUCUGUUGCCAACGGGGAGCUGUUCCAGAUGCUGGCACACGGCAGCCGCAGCGUGGCGGAGGGGUGACGAUGAACGUGGUGGCAGUGAUGGUGGUGGUGGUGGUGGUGGUGGUGAGACGGCAGUGUGUUUGUGUGUGUGUUUGUGUGUGUUCGUGUGUGUGUGUGUGUUUCGUGUGUGUGUGUGUGUUU